ACCUGUAGAGGACAAACUGAUUCCUAAGUAGUGCGUCUUAAAACCAUGAAAACACGGACAUUUCUUUAUGUAUUGUUUUAAUUCAUUUAUUGUUUAAUUCGGCGGUUCUGAGUGAAGGUUUGACUUUAAGACUAACCGAUCUAUCAAACCCAAAGCGGUUCCCGUUUUGUUUUUCUUUUGAAUCCUCAGAUCUGCGUUGUGAUCAUUUAAGAAUAAGUACCAGUAACGUUAUCUCGUGUGGGUCCAUAUCAAGAUUUUACCGACGAUCAGAUGCUCGUGCAUUUGUCGGGCUUCUGCUCGUUUCCAUUGGUAACGGGGACGCGCAGAGAUUGCAGCCAUGACUUCAAAACAGAAGAAGGGUCUCAGAGGCUCUAUAGAUGAUGUGUUAGGAGAUCUUCUGGGAGAUGAUAAUGAUGAUGGCCCGGCCAAGGUCCGAUCUCCAACUGCUGGAUCCAGCAGACCUGCAGGCGCCCUUGCAUCACGCAGUGGGAAGAGGUCAAUGUUAGAUGAUGAUUUCUUCAAUAAACUGGCAGUAGAGGCUGUGAAUACAGAUGAGGGUUCUGAUGUAUCUGAAGCUGAUCCUGCUGCUUUACUGGACAGUAUGAAGAACAUAGAUGACAUGGACGCUGACCUGUUUAGCUCCAAGAAGAAACCAAGUUCAGCUCCCGUUCAGAGGAAAGACUCAGGAAGAAAAGAAGAACUUUCCAAACCUGGAGACAAGACCAAAACCUCAGACAAAAUGGUUCCUGAGGAGAAGAAGCCCAGUUCUGCCCCAGCAUCCACAACAAGAAGUUACAAGAAGUUCAGCUUUCUUGAUGAUGAUGAAGGUGGAGGUCUUGAUGAGCCUCCUCCUGAUAAAGAUAACAUCGACAAUUCCUUAGAUGAUCUGCUGAAUGACUUGGAGCCCAAGCAGGGGCAGAAAAAGACAAAUAAAUCCGAGGUGACCUCCUCUUUCUCCCCCGCUGUUUCCCACAAAACAGAGACAGCUGCUGGUGCGAAACGGAAGAACGAUCUGAUGUUUGACGAAGAAGAUGACCUAAUGGAUGCUCUGGGCUUUGAAGAGACACCCAAAACACAAGGAAAUGGACUGAUACAGAAAAAAGAGAGUGAAGCUCCUCAGAGAGCCCGUACAAGACUGGAUGAGAUUUUAGGUAGAGGAACAUCACCUCGUCUUCUGGAGAGACCCGUCACAGGAGAGAAGAAAGAGACUCGAGUGCUUGAAAACCAGACGGAGAAACCUUCAGCAGUGAAAGUUUCUGUGUUGGACGAGGAGGACGUGAUGUUUGGAUCUUACCAGCCAACGAUGGCCUCCACACCUGAGGGACGUCAGUCCAGAAGACAAUCUGUCAGAUUCUCGACUGAAGACGUGAGCGCUCACUCUCCUGAACACAAACCCAAACCCUCCACAUCCGCACGAGCCGCCCGACCAAAAUCAGAUUGGCUUGGUCUAAAACAGGAGGAGGAGGAGGAACGAAAGAUGAAGGAGGAGCCCAAACAAAUCCCCUCAGAGACCCUGAAACCACCAGCGUCUCCCUUAAGAAAUCCUUCUAGCCAAGAUAUGCCUGAUACAAAGACAGCAGAACUGCCAGCCGUACCCUCCUCUCCUCAAACCAACAGGAAACAAGAAAAGAAAGAGGAGGACGAGGAAGAUGAUUGGCUCUCUGGGGCACUGAGUCGUAAAAAAACACAGUUAACCAGCCAAUCAGAGGAGAGGGAGAUAAAACAAGGCGUUUCAUUGGGGGAGGAUUUUAAACCAAACACAAUCAUCAGCUCUAAGCAAGAUAUCUCACGCAGACGACCAGAUGAACGUCCUGCCUCAAACCAAGAGCCCAGCAUGGACUCUUCUGGCAUCUCCAACACAAGCAGGGAAGAUCAACAUAAACCUGUGUUUCAGCAGAAAUCACCUGCAGAUGUCGCUGUACCCCUGAGUCAAACUCAAACAACUUUACAUGCAGAUAAUCUUCAACAUCUGCUGAUACAGCAACAGUUGGCUCAGUCUCAGCUGUGGGGUUUGGGCUCACAGCAGAGAAACAGAAGAGACACAGAUGAGACAUCUGGAGACCUUAUAACAUCACUGCAGACACGAAUCAUACAGCUGGAGGGACAGGUGAGGAGUUUACAGCUGGAGAGAGAUCAGAAACACAUGCUGUUAGAGAGUAUUCAAGAGAGACACAAACAAGACACACUGAUCAUGGACAAUACACACAGAGCUCGUGUGAAGCUCCUGGAGGAAUCGGUCGCUCAGCGAGAGCUGCGGGCUCGGCAGGAGAACGAGGACCUGAUGGAGAGACUGGCAGCUGUUACGCGAAUGGUGGAGCAGGAACGGGCAGAGCUGCAGGCACAGCACCAGCGCAGACUGGCACAAUGUCAACAGGACAGAGACCGAGAGGUGGAGAGACUGCGAGAACUGCAGAGGAAGUCAAUCCUGGAGAUGAAGAGAGAUCAUGAAGAUCAGAUUCAGCGUUUGAAGAAACUGAAGGAUGAGGAAAUUGAUGCUGUUACCAGUGCAACAUCACAGACCAGGUCUCUGACGGUGGUCAUUGAACAGAUGGAGCAGUUCUCCCGCAGGCUGGGCGAUCUGUCGUCUCGUGUGGAGAGCACACACGAAAACACGGCUCAGGGUUUGGAGCUCGGAGCGAGACAGAGAGACGAACAGCUCAGAGUGCUUCAGGAUCGCUUGAGUCAGCAGCAGAGAGAGAUGACCGAGGAGAGGUCACGGCUCAAAGAGGUCAUCACUAAGAUGGACACACAACUCGCUGAGCAGCAGAGACAACUGGAGAAGGAGCGUUGGCGAGUCACAGCAGAACAAGCGAAAGCUGAAUCAGCUCUACGAGCUCUCGAGGAAGAGAGACGGACCAUGAUGCAACACUUCAGUAUGGAGAGAGAAGAGCUGGAAAGAGCAAAGAGCGCUCUAUUGGAUGAACAGCAGUCUGUGAUGCAGCACUGUGCUGAGGAACGCAGGAAACUGGCAGGGGAGUGGAGUCGCUUCCACGCGCAGGAGAAGAUUCGACAGGAGCGAGCGGAGAGAGAGGCCAGUCGAGCCCUGGAGAGAGACGCGAGUAGAGAGGGAUCCAUCAUCAGUAUGGCACAGGAACAGGCCGAGCUGAAACUACGUGCUGGAGAGCUUAAGCAGAAAGAGGAAUCGCUGCAGAAAGAGAGAGACAGUCUGGAGAAAAUGAGACAGGAGCUGGAGAGAGAUAAAGAAAAACUCAGCACAACUGCGUUACAACUCAAAACACGAGCACAGGAGGUGGAGAGCUUCAGUAAGCUGGCGUCUGAACGCUUUGAAGAGGGAGAGCGAGCGCUGCGAGAGGCCAGACAGGUGGAGACCGAACACCAGAGCAGAUUACACAACAUUCACACACAGAUGGAGAGACUCCGCCAACAACAGCAAAGCUUACAACAGGAGCGUUUGAGAAUGACAGAUCAUCGCAGAGACGUAGAGAGAAUGAGACAGAGUUUACCAUUGAAUCCUCCAGUGAAUCCUCUGAACACAGCACCUGUAAUCACAGAUUUCUCUCCAGUAUUAAGUAGCACACACCUGACAUCUGCUGUGAAUCCUCAACCUGGUGAACUACACGCCAAACUCGCCCUCAUCAAGUACACGGCUGAGAAGGACAGAGACUUCUUACAAGAGGAGCAAUAUUUCCUACAGACCUUGAAGAAAACUUCAUAUAACUCCAUCUUAAACACAUGACCACAUGGACAUCAGAAAUUGUUUUAUACCCUUUAUUAAAUGACUUUGAUACUUUA